AUGGCGGCCGUGUACGACGAGGUGGAGAUCGAGGACAUGGAGUUCGACGCGGAGGAGCAGGUGUACUACUACCCGUGUCCGUGUGGCGACCGCUUCAGCAUCGACCUGGAAGAACUCUACGACGGCGAGGACAUCGCCACGUGCCCGAGCUGCUCGCUGACCAUCCGCGUCAUCUUCGACGAGGAAACCCUACCGGAGUUAAAGGAGGAGGAAGAGGAGGAAGACGCAGAGUAA